GGGCUGCGCUUGCACUAUAUCAGGGUAUCGUGGACUUGAGACCCCGCAGAAAGUGUCAAGCGGAUGGUUUGAGGACAAAUCUUGUGCUCCGCGGGACUGUGGUCUCCCGAAGCAACAUGGCUGCCAACAUGGACCGCAUACCAUCUCAGAAUGACGGCGCCUACUCCAGCGAUAACGGUGACUCAAAGCGGCAUCAUCCAGCAAUGAGCAAUUCCAUAUCUAGCGAUACUGCCAACCAAAGAACGAGGGGCUAUUCCAAUACUUCACGGGACCCAUACCAGUUCGAUCCUUCAAGACUCCAACAAGCCCGACAGCCUAUAAAUGAGGCUGUCACUUCAGCCUUCAACACUGCCGACGCCAGUUCUACCAACUCCUUCUCUCCCGAACUGCUCCAGCAACUUACUUCACAAAUCACCGCAAGCGUCUUGCAACAACUCAAGGUUGCAAACCCACCCGCACCUGCUCCGCAGCCACCUUUAGCUGGACCCCCGAUGGACGCCGCCUCAUCCACGGCGGGAUCUCCUCCUCUCGACCGAGCUACGGUCUACACUCCUCCAUCUCCCUAUCGCUCAUCUGAAGACACUGGUGCUCACCAACCUUCACCACAUUUUCCUCCGCCUCCUUCGUCCACCCAGUCUUCAUUCCGCCCCCCUUCACCACCUCCUGAAAAGAGACCUGUAUCCCCCUUCAGUCAAAGCAGCCAUCUAUCCGAGAGCGAUGCCAACCAAGAACGGCUAGCUCGACCCAAAGGCCCAAAAAGGAUAUCUACUGGAGGCGAUGCAACGAUCGUGGAGCGUGCAUGGGGGACCCUAUUUGACGAGCAAGGUCAAACGACCGCUCGUCUAGGUCAGUUCCUACGCGGCAUUGCUGUCCAUCUGAUUGAGGACUAUGAACCAAAGAACAGUCUGGUCAUCACACCUUCCAAGCUGCAGAAAUACUACGACGAGACCAAGCUCAACAAUGAAUUUUACCCGUGGCGAGCUGUCUUUGAUGACAGGACGUCGUCAAUCUCCCGAAUGUACAGGGAGAUAGAAGCGCAACAUCAUCUGGUGCAGGAAAAACUAAAUGAAAGGCCCGACAUUCCAGGCUUAACCCCGCUAGGCUUCGAGACAUGGGCGACGCUGCUUCUCAAAGCGCAUCCAGACCAAGAGUUCGAAAGAUUGGCAAAGACGGCAUUGGAAAUGCCCAUCAGCAACCCUGACGACAAGAAAGAACGUUUCCCAAAAGAGAUUUCGCGUCGACUCUUCCCCACUCGGCCUGACACUGAAGCCGCCUACAAGCUGCAAAAAGCACUGUCAAUGCACUGCAACGUGGACCUCGCUUCCCGUCAAGGAAGUGCCGCAAGCGCAGCAGAAACGACUCCACAUGCUUCACAAUCGAGUCACCAGAAUGGUGACACGACGAGAUCAAACACGCGGCCUAGUCCAGAAAAACAAGAGGCUGUCACUAGUGCACCUCAGCCAAGUCCAGCCAAGUCACAGUUUGGUGAAGAGCGUCGGAGGCAACCAUAUUCCGGAGCCCCAUCCGACAGCGAAGAUGUGUUCGAGAACAGCGAAGACACGCCUACUCCACAACCAAUCGAGCGUGAGCGCAAGCCAUAUGUUGCAGCACCCGGCGGUGGAAAGACUUACGCGGGUGUGGACAAACCAGCUGUUGCAGCGGAGAACAAGCCACCGCCGUCACACGAGUUCAAGCUCGGCCGCUCAAACUCGGUCCACUCUACCAGCAGGAACAAUGAUGGUUCCAAGCCUAAUGUGGCCAUUCAUCAAAGACCUCCUCCUGCGCCAUUGGAAAUGGGUGAGACACGUCACCAUCGUUCGAACAGCACCUACCACCGAGAUCAACCUCGACCUGGCCGCAACCGCUCACCAUCAAUGACUAAGGAAAACGGAGGCCCAGGCUAUAUUCGAAGGCCAGAGGCUGAUAUGCCCUAUACGUCUUCACAUCACGCGUAUACAGGGAACGAUCCCUAUGACGAUGCAAGGCGGUACAAAGAAUACGAACAGCAACGGGAACGGCUCGCUAAUGACCGCUACGACCCAGCAAGAAUGUCUGCCUAUGACCCGCGGGAACGCGAACGUGAAAGAGACAGAGAGACACGACCUCGAAUGCAGUCUGUUUCAGGACAUGAUGGACGUGCUCCACCUCCAUAUUCGAAUUCUGUGGCUUCAACGGACGAGGACUAUUACCGAGACCGAGGUCACGUCGCCGGUACUGUAGGGUACAGCACGCCAAUGUCAAUAAGCACCGGAUUCCAACCACCUCCAUCCACGCCUGGAGGGAGGGAUGCGACGACUGUACCAAGGGAGACACAGUAUGGGUCGUAUCCGUCUUCAGCAGGUUACCCGCCCACCGCCUAUCGCGAUGGGCGAUGACCACAGCUUGAUCGAACAUAUGCUUGUCAAUGUUGACAAGACUGUCGUUGGGAGUGGGUCGAUCAGGA